GAUGUAAAGAAUCCAUAUGUGCAGGAAUACAAGGUGCUCAAAGGCAAGCUGAAAGGUGUCUUCAGUAACCUCAAACCCGAUGAGAUCGAGAUCGAGGAUAGUGCAUUGUACUUCUUGGCCAGCACGGCAGGACUUGAUCAGCUUGCGGUAUACAAAGAGCUAAUGGCUGGAAUCGUCACUGCGCAAGAUCUCAUCGCUGCUCUCGCAUCACAUCACACUCGAGUGAGCAAUGAUUCUGUCGAGGGGGUCCUAACUCGUGAACGAAUCAAGCAAGAGUUUGAGCUGCUGGAAGCAGAGGUAAGGGAGUAUGAGAGAAGAAUAAUGCAGCAAUAG